CCUUUAUUUCCCGGGAAAGCUGGACGUUUGAUUUUAUCAUUUCGCCUAGGUUUCUUCAUCCUAGAUUUCAACAUUUAUGAGAGCAAGGUGCAAGGAUUCGUUUGGAAGAAAGGACCAAUGACGAUCAAAAGAGGGCACAAUGGAUUGAAAAAGCUGAAUUUAGAUACAACCUCACAUUAAGGCUAGGGUUCAAGUCUGGAUCCACGAUGGAGUCUCAUAUAACAGUUGAUAGGAAGGCAUUUUCCCGAGAUGGUUUCCUGGAGGAAUAUCCGCUUUUACCAAAACACGUCCAAUCAUGUAAAGAAAAGGUCAGAAGCAGUUGUCGUUCAGCAUUUUCCUGCUCUGUUCAGAGGUUAAAGACAAAAGCUCUUUCCACAUUUCCAUUCGUGAAAACGUUGAUAGAAUAUAAGUGGAAACAAGAUAUUGUUGGUGACGUAAUGGCUGGAUUAAGUGUUGGAAUAAUACAUGUUCCUCAAAGCAUGGGUUUUGCCCUGCUGGCAAAUCUACCACCCGUGUAUGGACUUUAUAGCUCAUUUUUUCCUGUGAUGCUGUAUUUCAUAUUUGGUACAUCGCGUCAUAUAUCAUUCGGAACAAUGGCCGUCAUUGCAAUGAUGGUUGGAUCUGCUGUUCAGAGGGAGGCGACAAAAUUUGAAGAAAAUUUCCAGAAGUCAUCUGAUGCGCCAAGUGUGGUUACUAUAGUUACAGACAUAAAUUCCUCAAUAGGUCUGGACAUGAAUGAGACAAACAACAUUGAUGAUAGUUUUCAGGAGGCGCUGAAUAGUCGUAAAGUGGAAGUGGCUCUUGUGUUGUCUCUGUUGUCAGGCCUGGUCCAGAUCAUCAUGAGUUUUCUACAGCUGGGGUUUAUCACUGUGUAUCUGUCGCAACCUUUUGUCGGAGGAUUCAUGAUGGGAGCUACACUACAUAUCAUUACGAGUCAAGUAAAGUUCAUGCUCGGUAUCCCUACUCUUGUGAAAGCCUACACCGGACCAUUCAAACUCAUUCUCACCUAUGUUGAUAUUUUCAGCAAUAUUAUGCAUACUAACAUUGCCGAUCUGAUAAUCUCUAUUCUGUGUUGUGCUAUGCUGAUACUGAUGCGAAAAUUCAUCAAUGAACGUUAUAAAGAAAAACUGCCUGUACCCAUCCCUAUUGAACUCAUUGUUGUAGCCAUAGGAACAAUAGCGUCACAUUUUGGAAAGUUUAACCAGAAAUUUGGCAUCAGAAUUGUUGGAAAUAUUCCAACAGGAGUACCCACACCAGUUGUGCCACCUAUGAAUGAAGCCCAGAACUAUAUCGCUGAAGCUUUUAUCAUUGCUAUUGUUAGCUUUGCAAUUUCAAUAUCAAUGGCAAAAGUGUUCACAAAGAAGUACAAUUAUGAGAUAGAUGCAAACCAAGAACUUUUUGCAUAUGGCGUAGCAAAUGGAGUUGGUGCAUUCUUUCAUAGUUUCGCCGGUGCAGUUGCACCCCCCAGGACUCUUGUUCACGAUUCAGCAGGGGGUAAAACACAAUUUGCUAGUGUUUUCUCCAGCAUAUUUGUGCUGCUGGUAAUAUUAGUAAUGGGCCCCCUUUUUGUGUCUCUCCCCAACAGUGUUCUCGGAGCAAUUAUUGUGGUUUCCUUGCUCCCAAUGUUCAACCAGUUCCGUACACUCCCUGAUUUCUGGAGAACAUCAAAAUAUGAUCUGGCGAUUUGGAUAGUGACAUUUCUCUGUGCGACUAUUUUGGAUAUGGACUAUGGGCUCUUCAUAGGUAUAGGAUUCUCUCUUCUAACUCUCGUUAUUCGAGUUCAAGUACCUAUUAGUUACUCAAUGGGGAACAUUCCUGAUACCGAGUUAUAUGCCAAUAGCAUACGUUGCGAGAAAGCUACACUUCCUGAUGGAGUCCGUAUUUUCAAAUUCGAGGCCCCCUUAUUUUAUGCAAAUGCUGAAAUUUUCAAGCAGAAAAUCUUCAAAAAGGCACUUAACCCUCAAAAGAUGAAUGGUCUCGAAAAUGACGAUAAUGAUGAUAAACCAUUGAGCAUUCACACGAUAGUUGUCGACUGUAGCACAAUGGCAUAUAUGGAUAACGUUGGGAUUGGUAUGUUACUUCAAAUCUACAGGAAGUACAAAGCCAUACAAGUAAGAGUACUUCUCGCGAAUUGCCCCUAUGGUGUGGUUCAGAUACUGAAGCAUGUCAAGUUUCCAUAUAUGGACAAUCUCUAUAUGACGAUACAUGAUGCCGUUGUUGCAGCCCAAAUGAUGGGAAGAAUGAAGGAUGAAGAUGAUGAUGCUGACUUGAAGGAAAACAAGGAUGACAAUGCAAAUGAUGACAAUAAAGCACUCGUUCAAAAUGGUGAUACUGAUGAUGGAGUUAAUAGAGAUUGGGACCAAACAGAUGAUGAUGCAAAUGCUAGUGAAGACACUAAACUAAACUUGUACCCAGAUAUUAAGGAUAAAGUAGAUGUGUAA